GAGGGAAGCCCCUGUCAAGGAGGUGGAGCGAGAGGGUGGUGUCCGCCUCCCGAUCCUCCCUGCCUUGAGCUAGCCGAGCCUGAGUCGGGACCAAACACGCCGCCCGAGACCCACACAAAGCCCGGGGGGUCCACGCUGGCGCUCGUGGCGAGCCGUGAGCGAGCCCGGGGCACAGCGGGACCUGGGGCGCAAGGCUGCUAGCGGGACGUGCGAUCGGGCGCGGGCUGCGAUCGCCACCCUCACGCCGGGGCCCGGGACAUCUCGGGGCCCUUCGGGGCCGCAGCGGGUGGCGGGGACCAAGAUGAGGAGAGUGCCCUGAGCCCGGCAACUUCGGCCCCUCCCCGCCCCCACCCGGUUGCCCUCGGCGAGUCCCUCUCCAUGUGCAGCCAGCCGGCCAGGCGCUCCGGCUGGCGGCGGAUGGGUGACCUCUUCCUGGCCCAGGCGGGCUGUGCGAGGCGGCGGAGUCGGCGAUGAAGAAGAAGCAGCAGCAGCAUCCCAGCAGCGGCGAGGAUCCCUGGCCCCAUGGGGCCCCUGUGGGGGGCGCCCCUCCGUGCCUGGGUGGCUGCAAGCGCCGGAUCCCGCUGCUGCCUUUCCUACGCUUCUCCCUCCGAGACUACGGUUUCUGCAUGGCCACCCUGCUGGUCUUCUGCCUAGGCUCCCUCUUCUACCAGCUCAGCGGGGGACCCCCUCGCUUCCUGCUCGACCUGCGACAGUAUCUGGGAAAUUCCACUUACUUGGAUGACCAUGGACCACCUCCUAGUAAGGUCCUUCCGUUCCCCAGCCAGGUGGUGUACAACAGAGUCGGCAAGUGUGGCAGUCGCACCGUGGUCUUGCUUCUGAGAAUCUUGUCAGAGAAACACGGGUUCAAUUUGGUCACGUCAGACAUUCACAACAAAACCAGGCUUACUAAAAACGAGCAAAUGGAACUGAUUAAGAAUGUCAGCACGGCCGAACAGCCCUAUUUAUUCACGAGACAUGUUCACUUCCUCAACUUCUCAAGGUUUGGAGGAGACCAGCCCGUCUACAUCAACAUCAUUAGAGACCCCGUCAGUAGGUUUCUAUCUAACUACUUUUUCCGUCGCUUUGGAGACUGGAGAGGGGAACAGAAUCACAUGAUCCGCACCCCCAGCAUGAGGCAGGAGGAGCGCUACCUGGAUAUCAAUGAGUGCAUUCUGGAAAACUACCCUGAGUGUUCCAACCCCAGGUUAUUUUACAUCAUUCCGUAUUUCUGUGGACAGCACCCCAGAUGUAGGGAGCCUGGCGAGUGGGCCCUGGAGCGUGCCAAAAUGAACGUGAAUGAAAACUUCCUGCUCGUGGGGAUUCUGGAGGAGUUAGAGGACGUGCUGCUUUUACUGGAAAGAUUUUUACCUCAUUACUUCAAGGGCGUGCUCAGCAUCUACAAGGACCCAGGCCAGAAGAGGGCACCAGAUCUCAUUACAGAUGGUUGGGAACCACCACGUGGUUGCUGGGAAUUGAACUCAGGACCUCUGGAAGAGCAGACAGCAUUUCUCCAACCCUGACUGCUAUUUUUUUAAGCAUAGUUUUCAUUUGCCUUUGCCUUAAGGUCAUCCCUCCUCUAGGAGAAAGCAUCUUCUACAAGAUGUGUCUCCAGUGACAGCAACAUAAAGGACUUAGCUUAAAACAGUGGUUUUUCUAAUACUAACUUUACAAAAACAACUGCUGAACACGUUAAAUGUGUGAGUAUGUAGAUAUAGAUGUCUGAAUUUUUGCCAGCCCUGGGGCAGGGUAAUAUAAAAACGAACAAGGUACAUAGGAAAACAUCCCAAAGAGUCGGGAGCCACAUGGCCCAGUAGGGCCCAGCCUCAGAGGAUGCAAAGCAGUUUGUCACAUGGUGGGAAAGGCUGUGUGUUAAGCAAAACAGAGCCCGUGAGUGAAUGCAUAAGAGCUGGUACAGCCUGUGCUGGCUCAUGCCAGUGACCCUGCCUCCCUGGGCUGAGCCCAGGUUACCUCUCAGAUUCAGCUACCCUUCUGCUUGCACCAGUCUGGACAAGGCCACGGGACCAGAUCUUCCUGUGAUGCAACACAGACCUGGGUCGCCCCCACCAGCUAAGCCACAGCUACUGUAACACCAUGUGCCACCCUGUCGGCUUCCUGUUCUGACCACAAGGGUUCUCGUUUCCUUACAGUAACCCAGUGAUCCCACGUUCUGAGCUUUUCCACCCAGAGUUCUUCUCUCUUCUCUUCUCCCCGCUUUCCUGCCUGCACCCGUUAGUUUCCACUGGUCCUCUGUGCCUUGUGGUAACUGCUGGGAUUCCCCUCCCAAUCUCCGGGUACCGGCCACUGACCUCCUGGAUUCCCUGUCCGCUCCCGUCCCUCCCUGGCCUGGGCUGGAACAGCCUUUCUCCCCAAGCGUGGUCCUCUAGGAAUCUUCUUCCUGAGUGUUUCUUUUAGUACAUCCUCCAUCUCAUAGGCCUUGAUCAUUUCUGGGUCCCAGCUUCCCGGCAUGGAGAACCCCAGAUGCACACAUACCCGUGUCUCCCUAAUUUGCACAGUGUUCCCAGACCAGGCUGGGGUACGGUUUCCCCUUUUAUGAGUCACUUCCCCUAAUGCAAGCUGCCUGAUGGCAUCUGGGGACGUGGAGGGGAUAGCAGUGCUCUGCCUUCAUGGGUUAUUUUCCUCUGCUUUAGAAUGUGGUCACUUCCACUCUGAGUAGUUUUCAGUCGGGCUGACAGUAAUAUGCUUUGCCCCGAGUGAGAUUAUGACUAAGGGAUGGGCUUACUCAUCCCAAGCUUCAACUUUGGACUUCCCUGCUUAUUGUACAAAGCUGGUCUGCUUCUAAAGCCAAGAUUUGUGACCUGACCCCAGAGGUGGGUAGCUGGCGUUUAUAAACCUUUCCACAGUGCCUCUUCCAACCCAGGCAUCAGCAUGGCGGCACAAAGGACUCUUGGCAAAGGACUUGAGGACUGUCUUCAUGCUCUGGGCUGUGGCUUUACCCACCCCCACCCCUCUUUGCUUAGAAAACAUACCCAAGCUGGGGGGAGGGGAAGUGAGGGGACACAGCCCAGCUGGAGGAUGGCACAGCCCAUUCCGUCUGACUCAGCACUGUACGGGAGAUGUUCUGUUGUUCCCUAGUCAAAUCUUUCUCAAGUAGACAUAUCAUUUCUCGGUCUGUGUUUUUGUAGGCUCUCAGACAUUUUUGUCAGGCUACGGUGCCCUAGCUUGUCUAGUCUUACAAAGAGCGCAGAGCUGUAAAAGGGUACAGCCAGAAGGUCAGCAACUGGCACGACCGUCUGCUGUGUGGUGCCACAUGGAAUGUUCCCCACAGACCCACAGAGAAGCCCAGCAUGACUCCUAUUAGCAAGAAGACAGUGGGACUUUAAUGUCAACUCCCUGGUCUUCCACAGGUCCUUCUAGAUGCUUCUGCUUGGCUGGUCGGACGUGACCGAAUUUGUGCAUCAAAGCCCAGGUUCCUAGAAUUUUACCCUUUUGUAGUUAUCUAUUUAUUAAAGUGGUGCCUGGCUAACUAAGACCCAGGAAUGUCAAAAGAUGCACACCGGGAUCGGCCUGUACAGUCCAACCUCCCUACAAACUCAGCUUUGCAGGCCUGCCACUUUCCGUGUGGUUACGUGAGUCUUCUGACCGUCGCGCUGUUCGUAGCUAGUGCGCACAGCCUGCGGCAUCGCGAGUGAUUUACGCAAAGCGUCAUUUAGUUCUUUUACCCCAUCACCCUUUUCUUCUGCUUCUUCCCCCACCCUCCAGCUGUGACAGACAUUCUGGCCCCACGGCCCCGUCUACGUCACUGCCACGGUGCACUCAUGACCCACAGAGUAUAUCACAGUACUCACUAGUAUAUCACAGCUAUGUUUGACUUCCAGCACCAGAUACUGUUUUUCUCUGGAACUAAUUAAUGCCUCUCUUUAAAAGGAAACACUUAGAUUUAUUUGUACCUAUCAAAUUUUGAUGUUACAUCAAUAUUAUUUUAAUAUAUUAUUUCAGUAUUAUCAGACGUCCGUUCUCUGUCCUCCUGGACUCCUCCCUCCCACUCAGAAUUCCUAACCUCUUGCUGAAGCCUGGGCUCGUUCCUCAGGAAGCUCCCACACAGCUCUGCUCAGUUGCCUUCCAUUGCAGCUAUAUACCAGAUCCCCAGUUUCCCAGUCCCCUUGGACCCCAUCUCUUGACAGUAUUUCAUUCUACUUCAAGAUGCUCCUGCAUCACUUCCUAAUACAAGGCAACUGGGAUGGGGUGGGGGUGUCUUAGUCCAUAUUUUGCUACUGGAGCAGAAUACGACAGACUGGGUAUGUUAUGAACACCACAGGUUUCUUGGACUUGUGAUUCUAGAUGGUUGGAAAUCCAAGGUAGCAAGGCCAUGUCUGUUGAGGGACACCUUGCUGUGUCACAGCAUGGCAGAAAGGAUCGGAUGACAAGAGCACAGGCAGGGUGGUGUGUGGCGAUUUAGAUAAAAAUGGCCGGUACUACUUAGGAAGGAUUAGGAGGUGUGGCCUUGUUGGAGGAGGAAUGUCACUGGGGAUGGGCUUUGAAAAAGGUUUCAAAAACCCAUGCUAGACUCAGUUCUCUCUGUCUCUUCAUCUCUGUGUCUGUCUCUGUCUCUCUGUCUGUCUCUGUCUCUGUCUCUGUCUCUGUCUCUCUCUCUCUCUCUCUGCAGCUCAGUAGUUCUCAGCUACAUACCCCCCCACCAUGAUGAGACUGGACUAACUCUUUAAAACUAUAAGCAAGCCCCCUUCUUUUCUAAGAGUUGCCUUGGUCUUGGUCUUGGUCUUGGCCUUGGCCUUGGCCUUGGCCUUGGUCUUGGUCUUGGCGUCUCUUCCCAGCAAUAGAAAAGUGACUGAGAUGGGAAGGAAGGGGGGCUGGCUGACACCCUCUGAUUUAUAGAAAGCCAUCUGCCAAAGUCACUUUUACCCACUCCCUGGAUGACAGCUUUCAUCUCUCCUCCUGGCCUGAUCAUUUCUCAAGGCCUGCCUGCCUCAUGGUGGCAGGUACAUUUCAGCAUGGGUCUUGGAAGGGACCCUAGAACUUCAGCAGGAAGUUAGUUCCUGGUAGUUCUCAAAUGUUUGACAAGUCUAACGUUCUGUUGCCUCCCUCCAUUGCUGACCUGGCGCACAUGAAUUUCUCCAUAAUUACACUCCACACACCACCUUCUUUUCCCCCUUCCCCUCUCCAGCCCCAUCUGUCACUUCUUGUUUUGUUUCUUUAAUGAUUUUUAUCAUGGACAUUUUUUCAUCAGAUAUCCAGACCCCUAGACAUUCUCUUCUGAGUACAGUAUUUUUCUCUCUUAGUUCUCUAUCUCUUUGGCUUUUCCCCUCCUUUUAAAAAAAUUGCUUUUUGUAUUCUAAUCUUUCCAUUGAUGUCUUAAAGCUCUUCCUGCUAGGAAGGUCAUCUUCAAGUGCUUUACUGUGUCCAUGUGACCCCUGCAUCUCUGCUUGUCGUAGGCUCCUUUCGACAGUGUGGUUGGUCUGGGCAUCUCUUUACCAGUCAGAAACUUUCCUCUGGUGGCAUAGCUCUGUCCUUGAGAAGACAGCACUUCAAGUGCCAUGCCAUGGGAACCUUACUGGGUCCUGGCAUAGCAUAAGUAGGGUAAUUGAGCACCCAUGGGAUGUUCAUGGGAACAUUUUGGUAACUGUCGCACAUCUCCUAUCCCCUUGAGCUUUCUGAGUUUUCCCACUAGAAAAUCCUGCAAACAUCUUUUUGGUGAUAAAAGGUGAAGUGUGGUGCGGCAGAGGAGUAGAACACAGGUCUGGUUGUUUCCAUGGGAACAGAACAGCAGGUCACCCUGAAUGCACAGGUCACUGGAGAGCUAGUAUUUUAGCCGGUGUCUCUCCUCCUUUCUCCCCUGGGUUAGCAAACCCCUUGAAGCCUCAGCUACAGCACCCCAGGCAGUGAAGAGCAUCCUCCUAGGGACAGGGGAAGCAUUGCAAGGCACCUGGCCACACGCAGCCCAGGGAGAAUGUAUUUCAUAACCAGACCGCCAGCCUCAUGCCCAGCUCUCCUACAGGGGACACCUGGUACUGUCGUUCCAUUG